AAAGAAAACCUGGGCACAAAGGCUGCUACUUUUGUGCGAUUCUGUCGACGUGUUCAUUCCUUCAGCGUAAAAAAUUUUGCUAACAACGAGCACUUUUAAAAAUGGCAAACAGUGAAAACUCUACAGCAACUAAUGACCAGCUUUUUGCUGGAAAGAACUUAAUCUGCAAAAAUCUAUCAUUUAGAGGCGAUUUAUUUUACCGACCUCGGUAUGGCAGCAAUCUGUUUAAAGGAGUCUGGAAGGAAAAAGAAGUCGCAGUCAGGAGAAUCCAGAAAACGGAAUGUCACAGUCAGUGGGAAAAGAUGGUCGCACGCCAUGAAAAAGGAAUUCUGAACCACGAAAACGUCUUGAAAAUUCUCGGAUUCGAAGAGGACACUGAAUGGAGAUAUUUUGCUCUUGAACAGUUCCAUCUAACACUAGAAGAGAAUUUAAAAUACAACUCUGACGGCGGAUUACUUUCUGAUGCUUUAAUCCUUCUCCAGAUGGCUAGAGGAAUCAACUAUAUUCAUAGCAAGGGACUUGCUCAUGGCAAUCUGAAUCCAAAUACGGUUCUCUUAGCUGAUUCCAUACCACCUCGGGUGAAGAUUUCGGAGUUCGGGCUAACCAACUCGAUCGAUUGUAGUUCGGCAACUGAUUCUGUCGAAUCAGAUGACCUAGCGGAUGAACCUUCAGACAAGAAUAAAUGGGUUCAUCGGCAUCAACAGUUUUUAGAAGCUUAGUCACCCAAAGUACUGGAAGAGGACAAGUACAUCCGCUGCAACGCAUGACGGAUCAAUCCCUGUCGCCACCGUCCAUGGGGAUGUCUUCGCUGCUGGAUGCUUGUUCUUCUAUUUGGUAACACAGGGUUCACAUCCUUUCGGUAGUCCGAAACAAAUUCUAGCUAACAUUUCCAAGUCACAGCCAAUCAACCUAAAGAAACUAAAAUCGAAGCACUUCGCAUACGAGUCGAUCAAGAACAUGAUUGGAAAGCCACCGACGGAUGGGACACAGUUUUUGAUCAUAGCAGCUUCGGAAUUUGCUGAAAUUCUUCCUCUAAAUAUCGAUGAGAACAAAAAACUUGGCAAAGGUGCCUUUGGAGUCGUUUUUGAAGGAACAUAUCAAGGAAAAACGGGUAGCAAUCAAGAGGAUACCUGUUGAAGGUGAGGAUCUUGAAAGUAAAGCAAGAGAAAUAAACGAGGCUGUGAUACCCAUGGAGCUCAACCAUGAAAAUGUUAUGAAACUAUUGCACGUCGACUAUGAAACAGAUGAACGAUACCUGUUCCUUGUGCUUGAACUUUGUGCUGGAACACUGGAAGAUUGUGUUAAGAAAGGAAAGCAAGGAUUCAAUUUGCCUGGGGAUGCACAAGUUCUUUAUCAAAUUGCCAACGGGCUGGAUUACAUUCAUGUGACCAAUUUGGUCCAUCGAGAUAUAAAACCGGAAAAUAUUUUGAUUUCUUUGACAAGCCCAGCCCAAAUGAAAAUAUCGGAUUUCGGAUUUUGUAAAAAAGUGAACGCGCGGGGAAGUUUUUCGCAGAGUGCAUUGAAAGGAACUCUGAUUUGGAUGGCACCGGAAAUGUUGAUGAUUUGGAAAGAAGCAGAUGACAACGAACAAGACACUCUCCCGCGUGGAACAAUACAGAGCGACACAUAUUCAGCGGGCUGCGUAUUUUUCUAUUUUCUUACGAAUGGCAGCCAUCCUUUUGGAAUUAGUACUUCUACCAUACCAUCAUACGUAUUAAAAAACAACCCAAAGUUACUCAUCGCUGCAGAAAAACUACCAAAGGAUCAUUUUGCAUACAACUUAAUCGAAAAAAUGAUCAAAAGGUUACCGGAGAGAAUCAUGUUACCGGAAGUCAUGAAGCAACUCCACCCUUUACUAUCUGCAUCUAAACGCACAGGAAAAUUUAGGCUAGCUCAGAAAACUCUUACACGCGCUGAUAUGAUUGAUUUCGUUCAGUUCAACCAUCAUUACUCGUUUUCAUCCAAUCGAGCCAGUUGUAGCAUGUGGCUCUAGACGAGUAAGGAUACUCAAAGCAGCAAAUUUAUUCGUGUCAUUCCAAAAUUGGAAAAUCGAGAUUGAACUUUCUGCUCGAGAUCAAAACCCGUCUAUUUGUUCACUUGAAUGGAGCUCAGAUGGAACGCAAUUGGCUGCUGGUUAUUAUCAGGGUUUAGCCAUGGUAUGGGGCUACCCAUCUGGUGAAACCCUCGUCGAGAUGAAGGAGCAUUCGUCGCCAAUCUCUGGCAUCGCUUGGAAUCCUGUCAAUAAUGACAUGCUAGCCAUUAUUGAGAACAACACAGAGCUUUCUGUAUGGGACUUAACCACCAUGCGCCCAAAACCAAAUGAGGGAGACGGUAAAAUCACUCGAGUUCCAUUGUUUAAAGAUAACGGCACCUGGAUGGUAAAAUGGGUAUCUGAAAACCAUAUCGCUUUUUCACGACAUGCUGAUGUUGUGGUUGUCAUGCUUUAUGAGAACAUCCAAGCCAAAAUAGUUUCCAAUCGGAUAGAAAAAUGCUUCAGUCACGAGGGUCGCGCCUUUAUACAAUGGAACCAAGUCAGAAGACUUCUCGUCUCCUAUUCUUGUUGGAGAAAUUUAAUUAAGGUUUGGUCCAUGGACAUGUGUGAAGGGGACGUUUUGGUAGAACACCCCCUUUACAUGUUGGAAGUCUCAUCAGGUUGCACCUGCCUAAGCAAUGCGUCCGACCAGAGACUUGGAUAGCCAAGCGCAAACCACAACAAAAUCGAAGAAAAACAUAAUUAUCGCAUGCGGAUUAAAUGACGGGGACAUUAUGAUUUGGAAUCCCUUGGAAAAGAGCAACAACCAUGUUCUUAACAGGCGUUCACAUAGGAUUGAUUCUCUUGCUUUUUCGUCCGAUGGGCAACUAUUAGCCUCAACAGACGGGUCAACGAUAACCAUCUGGUGCGCUAAGACUUGGAGACCAGUUUUUUUUACUACAACAUCAUCGUAUACAGCAACCGACCUUUCAUGGUUUACCGCGAAGUCAUCUGGAGGCAUUACUGCCAUACUAACUUAUACCGAUGACUUCGAUAAUAUCAUGGUGAUCGAACGAUGGUGAAGAUAAAUUGGUGUAAGAUGGAAGAAAAAAGGAAAAUGUUCAAGUACCAUGCAACAACAAUGAAAAAAAAAUAGUAAGGCUUGCGAAGACCUAACGCACUGCUGGUAUCAUUCUUUAAACAAAAAUCAAUUCUUUUGUAAAGGCAGGUAGCAUUUACAAUAGAAUUUACUUGUAGUCACUAUUAUACGCUAUUAUAAUACACCGCAUUACGGGUUGACAAAAACAAA